AUGCUCGAUAUAAACGACUUCAUCAAGGAGCGCGGUGGCGACCCAGAAAAAAUCCGCGAGUCCCAGAGGAAGCGAUGCGCCCCCGUAGAAAUCGUCGACGAGAUCAUCGCCGACUUUGAAGACCACCGUCGCACACAAUACGAUGCCACUCAGUUCGGCUCCAAGAUAAACGCGGUCCAGAAGAACAUUGGUGCUAAGAAGAAGGCCAAGGAAGACGCUUCAGAGUUACUCGAGGAGAAGAAGAAACUGGAGGCUGAGAAGAAGGAGAAGGAGACCGAGGCUGCGGAGAAAUUGGCGAAGCUGCACGCAAAGGCGAAGACGGUCGGAAACUACGUGUACAAGGACGUCCCAGUUAGUGAUAACGAGGACAACAACGCGGUUCAGAAGACGUGGGCCCCCGAAGGAAGGAAGGCCGAGUUCAAGCAAGAUGGCAUCCCACACCACGGCGUACUUGCGCGGUUGAAUGGAUAUGACCCGGAGAGGGGUACCAAAAUUGUUGGUCACAGAGGAUACUGUCUGACUGGAUACGGUGUCUUCCUUAACCAAGCGCUGAUCAAUUACGGCCUGGAAUUUCUGUUCAGCAAAGGAUUCACACCCAACCAACCGCCCUUCUUCAUGCUCCGCGAUCAGAUGGCCAAGACAGCGCAACUUUCUGACUUCGACGAGGAGCUUUACAAGGUCACCGAGAGCAAAGACAAGCCUGAGACCGACAAGUACCUUAUUGCCACUUCAGAACAACCCAUCUCCGCGCUUCACUCAGAGGAGUGGCUACACGACAAAGAGCUACCCAUCAAGUACGCCGGUUACUCAACAAACUUCCGAAAAGAAGCCGGUUCGCACGGCAAAGACGCUUGGGGAAUCUUCCGGAUACACCAGUUCGAAAAGGUUGAGCAAUUCCUCCUCACAAACCCUGAGAAGUCAUGGGAAGCAUUCGACGAGAUGCUGGCCAACUCGGAAGAGUUCUACCAGAGUCUGGGUCUGCCUUACCAGGUCGUUGCUAUUGUCUCGGGUGCAUUGAACAAUGCUGCGAGCAUGAAGCGCGAUCUAGAGGCUUGGUUCCCUGUCACUGGUGGUGGAGAGUACAAGGAACUUGUCUCCAUUUCCAACUGCACUGACUACCAGACUCGCGAGCUGGAGAUUAGACAUGGAAUUAAGAAGUUGAACGCUACCCGUAAAGAGUACGUUCACGCACUCAACGGCACUCUUUGCGCAACCGAACGAACACUCUGCUGUAUCCUCGAGAACUACCAGACACCUGAAGGCUUCGUUGUCCCCGAGGUCUUGAGGAAGUACAUCCCUGGUCAGCCUGACUUCUUGCCCUAUGUCAAGGAGUGGAGGGCACCCAAGGAGCUCCCUGACCGGACAAAGUAG